AUGCAGCAGUCUUCAACUAUACUACCACCACCUCCUCUUCCGGACGGAACUCCCUCGCCAGCAAGACCGCCUGCAAAAGAAGCUAAUUUGGUGAGAUUUCAAGCUGAAUUAGAGUUCGUUCAAUGUCUUUCUCAUCCUCAAUAUUUACAUUCCCUUUCCACCCAAGGAUAUCUCACCAAGCCGUCCUUCAUAAACUACUUGAAAUAUCUAGAAUACUGGAGAGAACCCGAAUAUGUCAAAUUUAUAGUAUAUCCAACGUGUCUGGUUUAUCUUACCUUACUACAGUCGGAUAUAUUCAGAAGUAGACUGAACGAUCCUGGUUUCAUUGGUGAACUGAUGCGAGUUGGUGUAAAGCACCAUGAAACUUGGCGUGUCGAUAAGCCUCCAACGAAAGUAAAUAUCGUCUCAAAGGAUACAGCGGUAGACGAAGUAAAGCAAGAUGCGACGCAGGACCAAGAUGAGGACUAG